GGUCUUGAUGACUGGGCGAUCAGGCGGUGCUGCGGGCAGCCCGCGACAAGGCCGGGAAGAUGGCGGCCUCCUGGAGGCUGGGCUAUGACCCUCGGGUGCUACGCUACCUCUUGGGCUCCGGCGGCUGCCGAAGACUGGGGCUGGUGAGGGGCGCUUCCGGAUGGUCUUUCGGUCGCGGAGCUAGUUGGAGAUGGCUUCACAGCACGCAGUGGCUGCGGGUUGAUCCCAUUAAGAUACUGAUGCCAUCGCUGUCUCCUACAAUGGAAGAAGGAAAUAUUGUGAAAUGGCUAAAAAAGGAAGGUGAAGCUGUGAGUGCUGGAGAUGCCUUAUGUGAAAUAGAGACUGACAAAGCUGUGGUUACCUUAGAUGCAAGUGAUGAUGGCAUCUUGGCCAAAAUAGUGGUUGAAGAAGGAUCUAAAAAUAUACGGCUAGGUGCACUAAUUGGUUUGCUAGUUGAAGAAGGAGAAGAUUGGAAACAUGUUGAAAUCCCCAAAGAUGUAGGUCCUCCAUCACCAGCUUCAAAACCAUCAGUGCCUUGCCCCUCGCCAGAACCACAGAUUUCUACUCCUGUCAAAAAGGAACAUAUACCGGGAAAACUGCAGUUCCGUUUAAGUCCAGCUGCCCGUAAUAUUCUGGAAAAACACUCCCUGGAUGCUAGCCAGGGCACAGCCACUGGCCCUCGGGGGAUAUUCACUAAAGAGGAUGCUCUCAAACUGGUCCAGUUGAAAGAAACGGGCAAGAUUACUGAAUCGAGACCCACCCCAACCCCUCUAGCUACCCCCGCAGUGCCUCUGCCCCCACAGGCCAUGGCCACACCACCAUACACACGGCCGAUGAUCCCACCGGUCUCAACUCCUGGACAACCGAAUGUAGUGGGCACAUUCACUGAAAUCCCUGCUAGCAAUAUUCGAAGAGUUAUUGCCAAGAGGUUAACUGAAUCUAAAAGUACUGUACCACAUGCAUAUGCUACUACUGACUGUGACCUUGGAGCUGUUUUAAAAGCUAGACAAAGUCUGGUCAGAGAUGACAUUAAAGUAUCAGUAAACGAUUUUAUCAUCAAGGCAGCAGCUGUUACCCUUAAACAAAUGCCAGAUGUUAAUGUAAGCUGGGAUGGAGAGGGCCCAAAGCAACUGCCCUUUAUUGACAUUUCAGUGGCUGUGGCAACAGAUAAAGGUUUAAUUACGCCCAUCAUAAAAGAUGCUGCCGCUAAGGGUAUACGGGAAAUUGCUGACUCUGUAAAGGCUCUAUCAAAGAAAGCGAGAGAUGGAAAACUGUUACCUGAAGAAUACCAAGGCGGAUCUUUUAGUAUUUCCAACUUGGGCAUGUUUGGCAUCGACGAGUUUACUGCAGUGAUCAACCCUCCUCAGGCCUGCAUUCUGGCCGUCGGGAGAUUCCGGCCUGUGCUCAAGCUCACGCGGGACGAAGAGGGGAAUGCCCAGCUGCAGCGGCACCAGCUCAUAACGGUCACCAUGUCAAGUGACAGCCGGGUGGUGGAUGACGAACUGGCUACCAGGUUUCUUGAAAGUUUUAAAGCAAACCUGGAGAACCCCAUCCGACUGGCCUAGCCUCCAACAUGAGAAGUUGGUCUCUGGCUUAGUUAAUUGAGUAGCUGGUACUAGGACCUACACUGUAAGAAAACAAUUAGGUAUACAAGCGCAAAGUGGAUGAGUUGUUUAUUUAUUUAGGGUGAACAAGUUUGUCCUCCGAGUUGUCCUCAUUUUCAGCUUGAGUUUAAUGUUACAGAAAUAAAUAACAAACCGUAACUAGUAAAAGAAAGAGAACAUUUGGUUCGUCAGAUUCAUUUUUAACCUCUGGUGCUGUUCUAAAGUGAAGUGUAAAUUAAAUUGUUUGGCUCAUGUGAGCAUUUUAGACUAUUUGAGAAUGUAUGAUAAAUUGUAAAAUGGGAAAAAUUGUGAAAACUAAUUAUGUUGAAAUUAGAAGUGAGCGUCAAAGAGAAGCCCAUUAAUUUAAGCAGUGGGACCUCACUUUUCAUAAGCACUGCUCUAGAUAUACUUGAACAAUUUAAUAUGUACAGAAGUGUAUUCUGGAUAAUAGUAAGUAAAUAAGGAUCACAUUGUAUUAGGGGUUGUGGCAACAUUAUUGAAUUUUUUAUGUAUAUAAAGCCAUAGGUUUUAGAGUGGUUUCUAUCAGUCUUAUUUUUCACUUCUAUGACACUGUGAACUUAUAAAGAGGAAGAAUUAAAAAGUCAAAAAUAAGAGAGACCAAAACAUUUGUUUCAGUAAUAAACUAUAGUUAAAAUACCUAAACUUUCUGAAAUAAACUGUUCACCUUCAUAUUAAGUUGGAAUAUAUUAAAAUAAAUUAUGCUAUUUCCUACCAAACAUUUUGAUUUAGUGUUAACUUAAACACAAAAUGUUGGUUUUUUUAGUGCAUUUGAAUCAAGUUUGUAUUGUGCAAUAAAAUGUGAGAAAAUACAAAAGCUUCUAUUGUAUUUUAAAUGUUAGGACACAGAAGUUUAGCAAAUCCUUGAAGUUGGUUAGUAGUUUGCCUGGGACAGCUUAUAAGGAAGUCUACAAGAGGAAAGGAAGAAUUUAAACUUGAUCUAACAUUAGGAAAACAACGGAUGUGGAGUGUAAAACUUUGAAAGAGAGUAGACGGAAAUUUUAUGAAGUAGGCAGGAACUCUCCUUUUUAUUCCAUCAAUAGUAUGAACUUUUCAGUAAUUAUUGUAAAAGUUAGAAGAGCCUGUGUCUCUCUUUUAACAGCUUUACCACGAUCGGCACGUCAACUGGCCUGAAAUUGGGUGCCGAUUUAAAUACCCAGUCACAGAAAGGCUUGUGUUGGUGUCUGCUACCCGGAAUCCCCAGAAAGCAGACCACGUGGUAUGACAGCACGCUGCCUACGC